CCCAAGCCCACCCGCCGCACGACACACGCUCCUUUGGCCUGCACUGCCCUCCUAGAGCACUGUUCCGACGCGUUGCCUUCACGUCUGAGCCGUGCUUUGUCGCCAGGACCACCCGUCUUGACUCACCCGCAUGUCAUUGAUGAGUCGUGCCUUCCGUGUUUGUUCAUCACGAGGAAUUCCUUACUAUACUACACCCCACCGGCUCUCACCUUCACCACAACGACUCUUUCUGCGCCCAAUUGCUCAAAGUUGUCUUGCCAGCUCACGUCCACUUCGUUCAUUCUUUCGCAUGCCUGCGGAAAGGCUACCUUCACCCUAUCCACAAGAAGAGCCUGUCGCCAAACGGCGGAAGACCGGACCUUCUGGGCCUCGCGUCACAAGAUCAUACAGCGGCAUGUCGUCUCGGCCGGAGGCAGAUCCAACCACGCUGGAGCUGACCGACGAGGAGACGAAGCUCCGCAAUCUGCUCCUUGCGGUUGCGGCCUACAUUGACCAGACUCCUGCCGCCGAGAGUGCUGGAGUAUCUGUCCCCGAAGGUGUCGCGCAAGAGAAGACUGUGUUGCGAUGGACGGGCGGUUGGGUUCGCGACAAGCUACUAGGUGUGCGUAGCCACGAUGUCGAUGUCGCCAUCAACAAUAUGACCGGCGAGCACUUUGGCUUGAAGAUGCUUGAAUAUCUCAAAGUCCCGGGCAACCUCGAAAAGCACGGCUUCGGGGCAGAUGAGAGCAGCAAGAUUAUCUCUGGACUACACACCAUCAAAGCCAAUCCAGAAGCCUCUAAGAACCUGGAAACAGCCACCAUUAAGGUCAUGGGCAUUGACCUCGACCUUGUCAAUCUUCGCAAAGAGACGUACGAUGAAGUUAGUCGAAACCCGCAGAUGGAAUUUGGAACCGCAGAGGAGGACGCCAUGCGACGAGACGCUACUGUGAAUGCCAUGUUCUACAACUUGAACACACAACAGGUUGAGGACUUUACGGGCCGUGGUUUCGACGACAUGGCAGCAAAAAUCAUACGCACUCCUUUGGAACCCUAUCAAACCUUCAAAGAUGAUCCCCUGCGAGUGCUCAGGCUAAUUCGCUUCGCGAGUCGACUCGACUACACUCUCGAACCGGAGACCGCAAAGGCUAUGGCAAAUAAGGAUAUUCAAGAAGCUCUCAAGAUCAAGAUCAAACGCGAGAGAGUAGGAAUCGAGAUGGAGAAGAUGCUCAGGGGGCCGGACCCCGGCAUGGCCCUGCGACUCAUCGACGAGGCAGGUCUUCACGAUACCAUCUUUACCGAUCCAACCCGAAAGCUGGAGUUCCAACCUGAUGUCCAACACUACCGGAAAGGCUAUAAGUUUAUGACCGAAUGGAUCAACGAACGGGAAGGCUCAAAAUACCCGGUGAUUCCUCAGACGCUGCUAAGCACCCGUGAUGCAGAGUCUGACGAAGAGUAUUUGGCGUGGGUCUGCGCCGCAGUGUUAUCGUGGGCCGACGCUCCCAAGCUUCCGCCUCCGAAGAAGAACAGACAACCUCUCUACGCGGCUUCCCUCGUGGCCCAGGAAGGCCUGAAAGCCCCUAAUCGAGUAUGCGAUGUUCUCACAGCUUCCUUGAACAAUUAUGAGGCUGUCAGUCAAUUGGUUGGAGAGUGCCAAAAGCGACUCCCCGAAGAGGAUCCUUCGUCACCAGCUCAGAGGGAAAAGAUAGGAAUGGCGCUACGAAACUGGGGUCGCACAUGGAGGUCACAAGUUCUCUUUGCGCUGCUGCACGAAAUCGUACAUGGCGAGCGUUCGACGGAAGAUGUUCUUCGCCAAUAUGCCAACUUCCUUGCCCUCGUCACCGACCUGGAUCUUCUGGAUGUUAUCAAUCUAAAACCUCUCGUGAAGGGCACCGAUCUGGCCAAGGCUCUCGACGUCAAACCCGGCCCGUGGAUGAAGGACGCUCUUGAUGUCGUCUUAGCCUGGCAGUUGCGUAAUCCUUCCGUGACGGACCCAGCCAAUGCGAUAGAGGAAGUGAAAAAGACUAGCAAAAGUGAGCUACCCUCUCGACUCAUGUUCCACUUCCUGACGCUUACGAUCCGCCCUCUUUUCUCGCAGACUAAGACAGAUGUUAUUGGAGACGCUCCAGCACCUUGGAAGAUGCGUGAGAACAAGUCCUUUCUAGAUUUGCUGCAUUGGUGCAUAAAAACGGUUGACGAGAAAGAUCUGCGAGAGUGCUUCAGGUUAAUAAGGCCGCCAAUUUUCCGGAUGCUGGAGGACGGUAAUCUCGAAUGGAAAGCCAAAGCGUGCCAGGUCAUUACCCAGCUGGCGAAGAAAGCACCAGAGAAUAUCAAGGAAGAGUGUCGGAAUCUAUUCUCUGAAGAUGUGUUUGGUUGCUUCAACUACCUUCCUACUUUGACCCCAGCACCAGAGGCUGCGGGCCUGCUGGAGCAUGUGUAUCCUGCUUUGAUCUCGUUCGUGCCUGUAGCGGAAGAAAGAAUUGCAGCUCAGGAGAGGCAGGCCGUUGCCUCAAGGGGAGAAGCGCGUACUAAUAGUUUUGUACUGAGCGAGAAGGACAUCCGGUUUCUCGAUAAGGUCGUUCGGCAAGGCGUCAUAGCAGUCCUGCAACACGCCCCAACUCCAACGACUUAUCCUGAACUCACGACCCUCGUUCUGCGCAACCUAAUCUGUCUCAUCGUUGCAGAGGAGAUCGAGUGGGUAAAGCACGCCAACGAUAUACUUCCAAUGCUUCACGACAUACUCCGCGACAAGAUAAGUCCCACGCAUCCCGACCUGCCACAAGCGGCAGCCAAAUGUCUCAGUAUAUGCAUCGCCAAGGGAUGGCCUCGCAUGGAUACGAAGCGCUUGCAGGAGGUUUACCUUUCCACCGCUACAGCUUGGGUCAAUUGCUCGGAAUACGACACAAAUUUAGAAGGCUUAGAGGGGCUGAGACAUGAUUUAAAAAUUACGACGUUGUAUUUAGAUAAUGUUUCUAACAGGGAUGGUAUCGACAUCGACACAGCAAGUUGGUGGACUGGAGAGAAAGAGAGGGCUAGGAAGGAGAACGCGUCUUGGAAAGAUAUGCUGGAGUCUUGUAGCACAUGAGACCAGAGUGCAAGCAGGACUGCAUGCGUGACACGCACCACCAAAAAUAUAUCACUUUUGCCACUCG